CGCUUUUGCAAUAAAUACAAAGGACGCGGCGACGGGGAGCCUUUCACCGACAAAUCCACUUCGUGCAUUGAAUAUGGGCUUCCUUGAUCUGUUUGGGCCGCCACAGGAAUCUCGACGGUCCAAGGAUUCCUUGCCGUCCGUCGCGUCAACUCGCCCUGACAAACAUCGCGGCGCUGAUACGUUCCAAGUACCUGUGGAUCUCAACACAGCAUGGCGGUAUUUCCGCCACGACCUCACGAGCCACCAUGAUGCAGAAACAUCCCUUGCUGACGCCCCGCCGGCAGCGUUUACCUUAUGGAGUCCGCGCGCCAUGGACGUCAAUCUUCUUCACAUAUCCAUUCGUUUAGAGCAUGGCACGAUUGAGCACUCUGUCGUGGGUGUCUUGGGCCCAGGUUUUCACCUCGUCCUGCCUUGCCUCAAAGCAGACUCGAACUCGCACACGACUGCGUGCGGCAUGUGUGUGCGCAUCGUCGACCUGGACGUGCAUCUGCGCAUCCACCACGUCCAUGCCACCGUGGGAUGCCGCGUCGAACACCGCGACAUUUGCAUUUACGAGCGAGUGCCAUGGUCCUUACUCCCUACCAAGUUCACGUCGGCGUCGGUGUCUCUCGUACUGCCACGUCACGCUGUCUUCUCCAUGCUUCGGCUUGUGCACAUGGAUCAAGGGACGGUCGUGGUGUCGGACGUCCAGCCCCGCAGCGCCGCCGCCGUCGCCGGGAUUCGGCCUGGCUUUCGUGUCGUGCAUGUUAACGACGAGGACGUGACGAGUGUGCAUCAGCUGUACACACUGACAACCUCAACGCCAUCAUCGCCUUCUUCUUCGUAUCUCUCGUUGCAUUUUGCAGAGAGCGACCGCCACGGCGAUAGCUUGUACCAAGUGACGUUGCAUGGCUCGACCGAUAACGUCAUUUUUGAUUGGAGUCGCUGUGGCAUCAAGUGCCGACGGGUGCUGGACAUGGUGUUUGUCAUGGAAGUGGGCUGCUCCCCCUACGCCCAGCACUGUGGUAUUGCCCGAGGCAAUUGUAUUGUCGCGGUCAACGGCACACGCGUGCCGUUCAUGGGGUUUGAAGCCGUGAGUGAGUUCAUUUCAGGGAGUCCGCGGUUCCGACUGCCGCUGACACUGGACUUGCUUGACACAACCCACGAAGUGUACAUGGCGCUAGUCGACACGGAGCGGCGGCUCUCGACGGCGUCGCUACGGCUGUUCCACAUGGACAAGGCAACGGAACAGCUGCGGAUGCUCUUUGUCACCGUCCACUCGGCGGUGCUGGUGCCGCUCGGUCUAGCGGACGUCCACGACACGUGCGGACUGGCGGCGCUGGGCCUCACGACUCGGCGGGCGCUGUUGCCUUUUCUCCUCGCCACGUCGCGCCGGCCGCAAGCGCCCGACUUUGUUCGCCUAGUCAAGACCCUCCAGAGCCAGUUCCGGCGCGCGAGUGCGCUGGGGCCCGUGGCCGCGCAGUUUGUGAGCAUCGUCCUGUACACGUGCUGCUGUGCCGACGACGGCGUCGUGUCCCGCGAGGCCGCGGGGGCAUUUCGAGAGAUCAUCCGGAUGCUGCCCCUGAACGUGGUGCUGCUGUACGUGGUGCCGCUUGUCAACCGGAUGAAAACCAGCAGCAAAGCGUCGGUACGACUGGCAUCGAUUGGCGUCGUGGCCGAGUUGAUUACGCGCGUGCACCAAAAGACUCUGGCUAUUCGGCUGCACGACCAACACGACACCAAGCCUGACUCGCCAUGGCCGUGGACGGGCGUCGGGGACAUGGAAGCGUUGCGGUGGCGGCACCAGAUGCUCGAAGCCGGCAUCCUCUUUGCCGAGCUGAGCACAGACAACGACCCGACCGUGUCGUGCGCCGCGCGCCAGUACCUGCCGUCGACGCUGGCGGACCUGAUGCCGUUCGACGUCAACUGGAUGUGGAUCGUGCCGCUGGUGGAAGUGUUGUCCAAGGCACUCAUGCCUGACAGCCGCCUCGACGCGCUGUACAUGUGCCUCCAGCUGGCGGCGCACCACCCGACCACGUCCUUCUGGCGCAUGCGCCUCGCGGGGGUGUUUGCCACCUUGGCCAACGACGGCAACAACUCGAUCCGCAAGGCCGCGGCCGACAAAUUCGUCGACUUUUUGAUGAAAAUCCACCUCCGGGAACUGGCCGACGAGUUCGACGACACGUGUCACGGGGCUUCGAGUCGCCACAAAGCGAGCAGUUCGUUCUUGAUCUUGUCCGACACACAGAGAGAGUGCCCUGGGGACUGCGCAGGAUCCGCCGAGAGCCACGUGUCGGACGUCCGUCGGCGGUGCAUGAGCUCGGUGGACGAACUGCCAUCGGCGGAAGAGAACGCGCACAUCUUGUUUACGCUCUUGGAUGCGUUUACCAACCUGUUGCAGGAUGCGCCAGUGGAGAUGCAGAAAAUCGCGUGUCGACACGUCCGUGAGGUGGCGGCGCUGUUUGGCCGCGAUAUUCUGGUCAAGUUUUUGGUCCCCGCGAUCCAAGAUGUGAUUGUCACCGACAUGCACGAGUGCAAGUGCCACGGCAGCAGCGCCGUGUACGACUCGGUGCAUCACAUUCUGGCGCGAGAACUGUGUUGCGUGACGCCACUUCUAACGGGGAUGCCCGAUGUCAUCACGUCCGACAUUGUGCCGUUCCUAGCUCGCUUGUUUCAGAAUGUCCACCACACCCAUAUCUUGGUGGAAAUCGUCGAAAACUUCGAUUCGCUGGGCUAUGCGCUGGGGGACGCACGCUUUCUCGAGCAUGUGGCGCCCCUCGUCGCGGGUAUCGUCGACGCCGAGUGGAAGCUGCGCGUGGCGUGGGCGUACAACUUGGCGCCGCUUCUGCGGUGGCUGGGCGUCGAUGCGUUCAUGGCGACGUUUCAGUCGAGUCUCGAGGCACUGACGGUCGAUGGAGUGGCCCAAGUCCGGCAGCUGGCGUUGGAGGCAUGGGUCGCGGUGGUCGACUUGGAAGGGCAACAUGUCCCGUUGACUGGAGAUGCCGACGACCGAAUGUGGACGAAGACGGCGCUGGCGUUCGUUCGACAGAUGACGCUGACGGGAAACCACCACGUGCGCAUCCUCUGCGUCCAUUUCUACGCUACUGUGUCACACAUGCUGACAAGCGAGCAAGUCGAGAGCGACGUCGUGCCAGCGCUGACGUUGUUGUGUCAGGACGUGGUGCCUAACGUGCGCGUCGCAUGUGCCCGUGAAUUGAGAAACAUGACAGUGUCCCAUGCACACGGCGAAAUGCUGGUCGCCAGGUUGCAACUAGAUACCGACCUGGACGUCAAGAGCUACUGCAGCAACCACCACCACGAUGACAACGACGACGUGAACGCAAUACAACUCCAUGGGUAGUUGUAAAUAGAUGUAAGAUACACGACGCUAGAACAUGCAAUCAAUCACGAUGGGUUCGCUCGGAUGCAAGCAACGGUGGUGGAGUCACAAUGUUCCAUUUGUCAUGCAUAUCUUCUACAGGGGCGUCGUUUACCACUUGGUCAACUUGUUGCGUUCGUCGGCCAACUCGGUGGCUUCCGCGACCUUGUCGUGCAAGUAGAAGUUGUAAGGUUCUUGGAUCUUUUGGAUUUCUUCCGGCAAGUACGUGCGCUUGAAGCUCAGGUCGGCGGCGCGGGAAAGACGGCGGGUGCGGGCCAAGGACUGGUCGCGGUCGAGCCAGUGCACGGCGCGUUGGACUUCCGAGGUUUCAACGAGGGCAUCGUCGUAACGAAGGCCGAGCUGACGAAGUUGCUUGGCCACGCUCUUCUGGUACAGCUUGGCGAUUUGACCGAGCACCAUCUUUCUGGGAAUAUGAGCAGUCAGUUCCUUCGUUUGUGGCGUGCAGCAGCC